GAAACCCAAUCCCUCUCCCAUCAUCCUCACGAUCCCUUCUUUUGAGCAUCCACCAGCAGCUGAAGCUGCCCUCUCGUCAAGAUGUUCAGAAAUAACUACGAUAACGACUCGGUUACCUUCUCUCCCCAAGGACGGAUUUUCCAAGUCGAGUAUGCGUCUGAAGCCGUAAAGCAGGGUUCAGUGGUGGUGGGGAUAGUGAGCAAGACACAUGCUGUUCUCGUUGCGUUAAAGCGCAACGCAGAAGAGCUCUCCUCGUAUCAGAAGAAGAUAAUCGCCAUCGAUGAGCACCUGGGCCUCUCGCUGGCCGGUCUCGCAUCCGACGCCCGCGUCCUCUCCAACUUCAUGAAGCAGCAGUCGCUGUCCUCCCGCCUCACCUACGGCCGCGCCAUUCCCCUCGAGCGCCUGGUAUCGGCCAUCGGCGACCGCGCGCAGACCAACACCCAACACUAUGGGAAGCGACCUUAUGGUGUCGGGCUCCUCGUCGCGGGGGUAGAUGAGACGGGGCCGCAUCUCUUUGAGUUCCAACCGAGCGGUAUGACGCAGGAGAUGAUAGCGUGUGCGAUAGGAGCGCGGAGUCAGAUGGCGAGGACGUAUUUGGAGAGGAACCUGGAGAAGUUUGCUGAUAGCAGUAAGGAGGAAUUGGUGAUUCACGGGCUGAGAGCGCUCAAGGAGUCGUUGGCGCAGGAUAAGGAGUUGACGGUCGAGAAUUGCAGUGUGGGUGUUGUUGGCGUGAGAGCGGAGGGAAUGAAGACCAUCGAGGGCUUCAGACUUUAUGAUGGCCAGGAUGUUAAGCAAUGGGUUGAUCUGGUGGCAGAUGGGACGGAAGAGGGCGGAGCGGGGGAGACUAUGGAGGUUGAUACAUGAUAUUAUUGAUCUUGACUCUGGAUGUGGGUUCGGGUUUGG